AUGCCGUCCAUUAAGCCCCCUCCUUCUCUCGAUUUCGAUACCUCUGUUUUCACCAAGGAGAAGAUCAACCUCGCUGGUCACAACGAGCUGCCGUAUAUUGUGAGAGGAGGAAGGGAUCUGUUCCACUUGCUGCCCGAUGCUUUCAAGGGUAUUAAGCAGAUUGGUGUUAUCGGUUGGGGUUCUCAGGGACCUGCUCAAGCUCAGAAUCUAAGAGAUUCUCUAGCUGAAGCAAAGUCUGACAUUGUUGUCAAGAUUGGACUCAGGAAGGGUUCUCGUUCUUUUGCCGAAGCUCGUGCAGCUGGUUUCACUGAGGAGAAUGGGACUUUGGGGGAUAUAUGGGAAACAAUCUCAGGCAGUGAUCUCGUGUUGCUACUAAUCCCUGAUUCUGCACAGGCCGAUAAUUAUGAGAAAGUAUUGUCACACAUGAAACCAUAUAGUAUACUUGGUCUUUCAGAUGGUUUCCUUCUAGGGCAUUUGCAGUCAGUAGGACUUGACUUUCCCAAGAACAUCAGUGUAAUUGCUGUAUGUCCCAAGGGGAUGGGUCCAUCUAUAAGAAGCCUUUAUGUCCAAGGCAAAGAGAUAAAUGGUGCGGGAAUUAAUUCCAGUUUUGCAGUCCACCGGGUCAGCUCUCUCUCUCUCUCUGACUACAUAUUUUCUGGCCCAAUAUCCUGGAUACUAAGUGUGCUGUGUUUGUACAGGAUGUUGAUGGUAGAGCCACAGAUGUGGCCCUGGGCUGGUCAGUUGCCCUUGGUUCUCCUUUCACAUUUGCCACUACACUAGAGCAGGAAUACAAAAGUUAAAAAAAAAUUCAUGUAAAAAGUGUGCUGGUAUACAGGUAAAAUAUAAGCCAAACAUUUACAAACCUGAAAAGAAUUGAAUAACCAAAAAAUAAAUGCUAAUCAACUGAAAUCCAAAGAGAAAAUUAAAAAAAAAUUGCCCUAAUUGCAUCUUAAGUUAGACCAAACCCAACUAUGGGAUAAAUGCUAUUUUUUAGGUUUUAUACCCCCCACCCCCCAAAACCCAACCCAACCUAAUCCAUGCUAAAUGUGUGGGCUAAAUGCUAAAAGCCAAAUUCCUCUCAGGAUUUAGCCCAAAAAAUGGUGUGGGCACCACCAGCGGGACCCCACCCAUUUGGGCAUGUUCUUUAGGAUUUAUUAAAUCCAACGGCUGAGAUCG